AUGGCUGUCUUCGUCUGCUUCGCGACUAAAGCACUUAACCUGGAGCUGGUCAAGGAUCUGUCGACGGCUUCAUUCUUGAUUGCGCUCAAGAGGUUUAUAUCGACUCGAGGCAGGCCAUCUCAGAUAUGGUCGGAUAACGCUACCAACUUUGUCGGCGCCAAGAACGAGCUUCUGGAACUCAAGCGUCUUUUCAUCAGUCACAAUCGUAUUGACUCAGUGCACAAGUUUUGCAUGGCUGACUCCAUUGAUUGGAAGUUUAUUCCCCCUCGUUCGCCGCAUUUUGGCAGCCUUUGGGAAGCAGCAGUGAAGGCAGCGAAGCAUCAUGUUUAUCGUGCUGUCGGCUCUUACGUUCUCAACUUCGAAGAACUUCGCACCCUAGUCUGCCACAUAGCAUCGAUAAUUAACUCCAGGCCAUUGUUUCCUCUUUCAGAAGAUCCAGCAGACCUAGAUGUGCUCACUCAGCUCAUUUCUUGA